GGUACUGUACGAUCUCAAUCUCAAUUAACUUUCUCAUACAAUUUAUCAACCGACCUCACUCACCUCAUCAUCUAUUUUGCCAUCGCAAUUGCCACUCAUUAAGUGUUUGAACUGUUCUUGAAUUAUCAGUCGAUUUAAUUCGCAAGUCACUCUUUUAUUUACUUUCUCUUUGCAUUCACACGUAAACAAACAGCACACGCGCUUCCUCUUCAUCUCCACACCCCACAGUCCUUUUAACCUUAACCACAACCUUAAACUACAAUGCGCUCCUUCGCAACUCUCCUUCCGCUUGCUGGAGUUCUUUCCACUGCUACUGCAGCAGGUUCAUUGGGAUUUGCUCUCGGUGACAAGAAGACGGAUGGCACAUGUAAAUUCACAGCCGAUUAUGAAGAGGAUUUCGAUACCAUUUCCAAAGGCAGCACCGCUCGAAUCGUGAGAGGAUAUGCAGCAAGCGAUUGCGAUACUGCGAAGGAAAUCUUGCCGGCUGCUAAGGCAAAGGGCUUCAAGGUUGUUUUGGGUAUUUGGCCCGAUACCGAUGAAUCCUUCGCCGCAGAUAAAGCAGCAGUAGUCAAGUAUGCGCCUCAAUACAGCGAUCAGGUUUAUGCCAUUACGGUCGGUUCCGAAUCUCUCUAUCGUGGAAACUUCACUGGUGAAGAACUUCUCGACAAGAUUAAGGAUGUCAAGACGGCAUUGAAGGGAGAGUUCAAGGUUGGAACGGCAGACAGUUGGAACAAAUAUAUGGAUGGUACAGCGGAUGCCGUUAUCAAGGGCGGAGCGGAUAUCUUGUUGUGCAACGCUUUCAGUUAUUGGCAGGGACAAGAAUUGAAGAAUGCAACCCAUAAUUUCUUUGAUGAUAUUAUGCAAGCUUUUGGUCACAUCCAAGAUGUUGCUGGAUCUACUAGUGGUGGACCUGAACUCUGGGUUGGAGAGACUGGCUGGCCAACAGCAGGCUCAAAGUACCAAAACGCCGUCCCAGGUGUAUCAGCCGCACAAACAUUCUGGAGUGAAGGAAUCUGUGGCAUCAUGGAUUGGGGUGUAAAUGUUUUCUCCUUCGAGGCAUUCGAUGAGCCAUGGAAGCCAGUCUCUACCGGUGCAGACGGAUCCGUCGCGGAUGAAACUCACUGGGGAGUCUGGAACAGUGACCGAAGCAGCAAAUACUCAUUGAGUUGCUAGAUUCGGAGCUACGAGAUUGUCGCCUGUGUCGGGAUCGAGAAAGGGGGAGAUCUGUGGAUGGUGUGGGGAAUCGUGCGCUCGCAUAUUGAUGUUGAAGUGAGGGGAGAAUAGGACUGUAAAUUUGCGAUUAGAUUGUUAGCUUUGGAUUUCGAGAUACCAUUUGUUUUAUUUCUUCCCUCUCCACUCUAUUGUCCUGCCAUGCUGGCUUGGCAACGCCUCUUGUGCAUCUCUGAUCUCAUCUGCUGCCCUAGGGGAAUUUUCUCAUGCAAGGGGCAGAGAUUUAUCUCCAUGUUUGCGCAUAUUUUUGAAUUGACCAUGGAAACUUUCUUGACACUUGCCCCUCUCUCAUUGCUUAUAUUCGUCUAAAGAAUGAUUGUGAAAAAUUGCA